CACGCGGCAGGAGUUGGGGCUGUGUGUAUUUGCUCGCCGUACUUGUAGCCCAGCACGUGGUCUAUAGUUGUAGGUCAGUCUACAAGUCUUGCAUCAGUGUUGACAGAAGUCUAGUACCUACAAAAAGGGGCGUAACCUUCAACAUACACUGGACGUACGGAAGGAGGAGUGACUGAGAGAGGGUGCAGACGCUUUGGCGCACGAGAGUUGGCAACGUGUGUGAGACGGUAGACCGGCUUACGGAGUUCAAAGCGUUCACAGGUGGUCAUCGUAAGACGAAAUUUGUGAAUUAUGGAGAAGGGGUGCGUCUUGAGUAAAUCUGCAGCGGUUCUUCUAGGAGUGUUCUUCGUAGUCGUCGUGGUGGCUGUCGGGCUGCUGGCGGGGUUAGUCGGGAGGGAGACGUGCGAGGUCGAGAAGGAAAGUGGAUCCGCAGCCGUAAGUGUCGUCCCGACCGACGGCGCGGCUACCCCGACACCCUACCCGCCCGGUCCGUGGGACAACGUCCGCUUGCCCCUCUCCCUCCAACCGGAGACAUACGACGUCCUCCUGAAAAUCGACCUGGAGAAUUUCGUCUUCAGCGGCCAUGUGGAGAUCCUGAUGCUGUGUAACUCCAGCGCCACGGAGGUUAUCAUACACAGCAACAAACUCAACAUCAGUAAAGUCACCUUCACCGACGACGAUGGCUCUACAAGAGAUAUCACCGAUUUCUGGUUCCACAUGCCGAACCAGUUUCUCGUGGUUCCCACGGGGAAGGCACUGAGGGAAGGGCAGAUGUACAAACUCUACGUGGAGUUCGUCGGACCUCUGAAGGACGAUCUGGCCGGGCUGUACCUCAGCCAAUACGCCGGGCCGAACGGCGACCCAAUAUACUUGGCGACUACCCAGAUGCAGCCGACAGACGCCAGGAAAGCGUUCCCGUGUUUUGACGAGCCGGCGUUCAAGGCCAACUUCACCACCACCAUCGUACACAAGUCAGGGCUCAGCGCGCUCAGUAACAUGCCAAUCAUCAGGAAUGAGACCAACCAACCGGAAGUUGGAUGGACAAAAGCUGUUUUCCAGCCUACAGUGCGCAUGCCCACUUAUCUCCUAGCCUUCAUCGUCUGCGACUUUGGCUACAUCGAGUUGACAACAGAAAAUGGCCACACGUUGCGGGUAUGGGGACGGAAGGAGGCGAUAGACAGUGGUGCGGCGGCUUACGCCCUGGACAUCGGGAACCGGUCACUCACCUAUCUGGAGCAGUACUAUGACGUCGGGUAUCCACUGCCCAAGUCUGACAUGGUGGCGGUGCCAGACUUCGCAGCCGGAGCCAUGGAAAACUGGGGUUUGAUCAUCUACCGCGAGACGGCGCUCCUGUACAACCCGGCCACUGACGCGCAGUCCAACAAGAAGCGAGUCGCCACCGUCGUGGUGCACGAACUCGCUCACCAGUGGUUCGGGAACCUGGUGACCAACCAGUGGUGGGAUGACUUGUGGCUAAACGAGGGAUUCGCCACGUACGUCGAGUCGUUCGGCACAGGGGUGGUGGAACCGACCUGGCAGAUGAAAGAUCAGUUCGUGAUUGAUGACCUCCAGUCAGUGUUCCAGCCUGACGGCCUAGGGAACUCCCACCCUAUCUACGUCCCUGUCAAUCAUCCUGACGAGAUUAACGAGAUCUUUGAUGCCAUCUCAUAUGCAAAGGGCGGCUCCUUGAUCUAUAUGAUGGUGGACUUCCUUGGUGAGAACACAUUCAGGAAAGGACUUACGCUGUACCUAAAUGCUCUGGCCUACCGCAAUGCCUUUCACGAUGACCUGUGGCGUUAUCUGACAGAGGGAGCCAAACUUGACAACAAAGAUGGCGACCUGCCCGGAAAUAACGUGAAGACUGUCAUGGACACCUGGACACUACAGAUGGGCUACCCUGUCCUUAGUGUCGUCACUUCCGGUAACCAGUAUGCUGUGACGCAGAAGCAUUUCCUGUACGACUACACUGCCAACGUCACGGACAAAUAUGGCGACUUGGGAUACAAGUGGCAUGUUCCACUGACAUACUCACAGGGGACAGCCAACUUGAACACCCCUCUCAGGCAAUGGAUGGCUCCAGACGACGAGACUGUAACUCUUCAAAGUGUCAGCCCAAAUGCCAACUGGAUCUUGGUAAACAUCGACCAGAAGAACUACUACAGAGUAAACUAUGACGCCGACAACUGGAACAAGCUGAAAGAUGCACUGAUGGCAAAUCACAUGGUUUUCAAGAAGACGGACAGGGCUGGACUGAUAGACAACACUUUCAGUUUUGCAAGGUCGGGAGACCUAAACAUCACCGUUGCCCUGGACAUGACGAAGUACCUGGCCGCGGAGCUGGACUAUGUACCCUGGAGCGCCGCUGUCGGCAGCCUGGCCUACCUCACCAUCAUGUUAGAGAGGUCAAAGGUCUACGGCAUGUUCAAGGAUUACUAUAUGACACGGGUGCAGAACCUGUACGAACAUUACGGAUGGGCAGACCAAAUGGACGACCAACUCAACACAUUCGCACAAGUGACAGCUAUCGGCCGUUACUGUCGCCUUGGCAACGAGACGUGUAUUGACGAAGCGAAGAGGAAGUUUGACCAGUGGAAGUCUGAGGCUGACCCGGACACUAACAACCCUAUUGAAGCGGACUUCAAGACCAGUGUGUACUGUAACGCCGUGCGGUACGGUAAGGUGGAUGACUAUGACUUCGUGUGGGACAGAUACAGGUACUCUACCAACGCCGCGGAGCAGUCCAAGCUACUACUGGCUCUGGGCUGUAACAGGGAGCCCUGGAUUCUCAGCAGACACCUGGACCGGUGCCUGAACUCUAAGGAGGUCCGUCGGCAGGACAUCCGGUCGUGUAUCCAGUACGUCAUGCAGAACGAGUACGGGCGGUCUCUGGGGUGGGACUUCGUCAGGGCCAAGUGGACAGAGCUGCAAGAGACACUUGGUGGGUUUUCCUCGCUAUCCCGGCUCAUCGCGACCGCAUCAGAGGCCUUCAACACAGAGUUCCAGCUUCAGGAGCUGAUUGACUUCGCCGCCAAACAUCCCAAUGCCGGUUCGGCCACCAGGGCCAUCGAGCAGGCCAUCGAGAAGACCAAGGCCAACAUCAGGUGGAUGAAUGACAAUGAGGAGGUCAUCUACAACUGGCUACAACAGAACAUGUAA